AAAGCGGCCAAAGCUUUACUCGUAUUAACCCCAUUGUUAGGCGUGGCUUAUAUGUUGGUUUUGGUCACUCCGACCCAUCGAACCGCUAAACUUAUCUUUCAAUAUCUUCAAGCGAUUCUCGUCUCCACUCAAGUGAGGAAUUCAGUUCGGCAUCACUUCGAGCGCUUCAAACUGAGGCGAACCCUAAGAGGCGGUGAAUAUCCGGUCGGACAGAGAAAUACAUUCGCUUUCCGAUCGUUAAGAUAUGGCGAGAAUGUAAAACUGUAUCGGAAUAGGGGUGAGAGGGAUAGGGGCUCGUGUAUCAGCUUCUCCACCACAACCACAUACGUGUCCAACAAUCACAACCAGUCAAAGACCCGCAAACCCUCGACCAAUGGAUCGGUUAACAACUCCAGCGCUAUCUACGGACCCAUUGCUGGUCGCAAACGCAGCGACGAAGACGUCCUCUAAAACACAAUAUCAUCGGUUAUUCGUCGGCUGAGUUCAUGGCAUCAAGUUUUAGGUCAAUUAUAACGAUAUGGCUGUUCAAAAGGCGC